AUGACGGGAGGAGGAAAGCAGGGCCAUAUAGUGCAGUUAUGUGGGGAAAAUUCUUCAAGAAUCGUGACUAAAGACUUCGGCAAUGAUGGUACUCAAAUCCUGGAAGCCCAAGCUUUAGGUGACUCUGCUGUUUCCACUGUCCAAGUGAAAAGUGUAACCAGUAGCAUCUCUAAGAAAAUUGAUAGGGUGUUCUUAAUCAAUCAUGAUGCUUUAUUAAGCUAUGUGCAAAAACUCUGCAAUAUAGAAUGUGGACAGGAGAGACACUACAAUACAGUGGACUGCAGUAUAGUGUAUGGAGCUUUGGAGUUAAGAAAGAGGAGCGCCCUGGCUGAGUCCUCUUGUCCCUGCUGGGCUAGGGGAUCAGCCUGGCAAGAGCUAGGACCAGGGCCACAGAAGACCCAGCACCCUAAGCGCAUGGAAAAGAAACUGCAUGCAGUGCCUGCUGGGAACACAGUCCAGUCCCGCUGCCCAGCUGCAGGAACCCCCCAGCCCAGCAUCCGCUGGUUCAAAGAUGGACAGGACUUUCAUGGGGAGCAUCGCAUUGGAGGCGUUCGGCUGCGCCAUCAGCACUGGAACCUGGUGAUGGAAACCGCGGUGCCCUCAGAUGGUGGCACAGGCACCCGCCUUGUGGAGAAUUCGAGGGGCAGCAUCCGCUGCAGCUCCCUGCUGGGCGUGCUGGAAACAGACAUCCAUGGCUCAGAGGCAGAGGUCCUAUACCUUCGUAACACGUUGGCCUAGGACGCAGGUGAGUACACCUGUCUGGCAGGCAACUCCAUCGGCCUUUCCUACCAGUCGGCCUGGCUCCCUGUGCUGCCAGAGGAGGACCUCGCGUGGACAGCAGCGGUGCCCGAUGCCAGAUACACAGACUUCACCCUGUGCACCCCGGGCUCCCUGGUGUGGGCGGUGCUCCCGCUGCUGGCCGGCCUGCAGCGUGGACACAUGCUCCAUGGCCAGCACCCCGGGCAGCCCGCAGCGGUGCAGAAGUUGUCCCACUUCCCUCUGUCCCCACAGUUCUCCCUGGAGUUAGGCUCCUCAGCCAAGUCAAGCUCAUCCCUGGAGUGGGACAUCAGUCUUUCCUCCAGCGCCCCCACUCCCCACCCCCUCUUGCUUGCUGGCCACAACGCCUCUGACAAGGACUUGGCAGAUCUGGCCUCUGAGAUGGAAGUGAUGAAGCUGAUCAGUCGCCACAAAAAUAUUGUUAACCUGAUGAGUGUCUGCACCCAAGAAGGCCCCCUGUAUGAUGUGGAGAGUGUUGCCAAGGGAAACCUGCAGGAGUUCCUGGGCCACACCCCCGGCCUGGAUCUCAGCCCUGAUGGGCCUCGGAGCAGUGAGAGGCCAUUCUCCUUCCCUGCCCGGGUCUCCUGCGCCUACCAGGUGGCCCGAGGCAUGCAGUACCUGGAGUCUCCAAAGUGCAUCCACCGAGAUGUGGCUGCUGGUAACGUGCCGGUGACAGAGGACAAUGGGAUGAAGAUGACUGACUUUGGACUGGCCGGUGGUGUCCACCACACUGACUGCUACAAGAAAACCAGCAACGGCAGCCUGCCUGUCAAGCGGAUGGCACCAGAGGCCUUGUUUGACCGAGUCUACACACACCAGAGUGAUGUGUGGUCAUUUGGGAUCCUGCUGUGGGAGAUCUUCACCCUCCGGGGCUCCCCAUACCUUAGUAUCCUCGUGGAGGAACUAUUCUCACUGCUGUGGGAGGGGCAUCGGAUGGACCGGCCCCCAAACUGCCCUCCAGAGAGGUAUGGGCUGAUGCGUGAGUGCUGGCAUGUGGAGCCCUCUCAGAGGCCCACUUCCAAGCAGCUGGCGGAGGCACUGGACAAGGUCCUGCUGGCCAUCUCUGAGGAGUUCCUGGACCUCUGCCUGACCUUUGGACCCUACUCCCCAGCCGGUGGGGACACCAGAAGCACCUGCUCCUCCAGUGACUCUGUAUUCAGCCAGGUCUCCCUGCCACUGGGGCCCUGUUCCUUCCCCUGUCCUGGGGUGCAGACUUAA